UUUACCGCUAAUUUCAAAAAUAUAAGAAUGUCGUCAAUAACUUCCGGUGACGUAAGUAUUGCAGUGUUGCCAUAUUUUUAUAUAAUGUGAACAGUAGCAUAACAGUUUAUAAUGGUUAUAUUAGAUUAGAGUGUUUGUUAGAGUAUAUUGUUAAUUAAUUGGUAAGAACGAUGGCUUCCUUGGUUGCAGAUUAUGGAACUUCCUCAAGCUCAGAAAGCAAUAGCGAUGAUAUUUCGGAUAAUGCCGAUAACACAAAUUUAAACUUUUAAAAUGAAUUAUUAUUACUACAUCUUUAACAUUAUAUUUUGCACAAAGGAAGAGGAAGAAGAAGAUGAUGAGGAAGAAGAAAAUAAUGAAAACAAUGAAAUAUGUAAAACAGCUUCCAAAGAAAAACUUCCAUUACCAACUCCAGAUUUUAAUGGCAUACCUACAAUGAAAACUUCAGUCUUCUCAAAUCCAUUUGUUGAAGCAGAAAAAGCAAAAAGUGCAAUACUUGAAAAACAUGUGAAAAUGACUCCAACUCUUGAUGAUACAAAAAUGAUAAAUGGUAAAAAAAUUUGUUGGAAUUAUAGGAAAGGUAGAUGCCGGUUUGGACAUAAUUGUACUUUUGCACAUGAUUCUGAUUUACAUCGUACAGCAACUGAAUUAGAAACAAUUAGAACACCACAAGAAACAAUUAUUUGUCAAACUCCUUAUAAUGGUCAAGUUUCUAUUAAUGAUGAUGAUGAAAUAGAUCAAGAAAAUAAUCAAAUGAAUAGGCGUAAGAAGAGGCCAGGAUUAAGUCAAUCUUUAAUACCAAGCAAGAAAGUUUUAAAAAUGUACAAAGCACAACAAGCUAAAGCUAUUAGUAGGUAAAUGUAAUUAUAUCAAAUAUAUAUAAGUAAUAUUAACAUAUAAUUAGCUGCUCUGAAAUAGAAACAACUUAUAACUUUUAAAACUCAAAUGAAUUCAUAAAAAUGGAAUUGAUUAUAAGCUGCAUAAAAAAUAAUAAUCAAAAAGCAUUAAAAUGCUUUAUAAACAAAAGAGCAAACUAAAAAAUUAAUCAUUUCUUUAUAUAUGAAUAAAAAAAUUAAAAAAAUAAAUAAAAUGAAAUGAAAAUAUAUGCUUCCAAAUAAAAUUUUGCAGAGAACAAUAUAUAUGCAGAUUAUGCCUAUUUCAAAAUUCAUGAAAGUUUCAAGAUUAUUUAAUAUUCAAUAUUUCUAAAAAAAGUGUUCGUCAUGUAUAUAAAAAAUAGAAUUUAAUUGUAUAAUUAAUACUUCCAGGGACCUGUAUAAGUGAAUCAUAAUUCAUUAUGUCUUGCAUGCAAAUAGUUUUAUAAAUAUAUUUCUAUUUAUACUUGGUAUUCUUAACUUGCCCAUGAAAAACAAAACAUGUCUUCUUAUAUUUUGUUAUGUAAUUUAAUUAUAUGUUUAUAUAUCUCUUUUAUUAAAAAGAGGCCAUUAUUUAAAAGUUUUCUUUCAUCAGAAUUCUGAAGAAUUUAUAAGUAAUAAGAAAUAAA